AUGCAGCUCGCGUACCAGCCCAACAUGAGCAUGGCGCAACCGCACCAGCAACAACCGCAGCCGCAGCUCAUGCAGCAGCAGCAGCACCCGCAGCAGCAGCAGGUCAUGCAUUACUCUGUGCCAUCGCAGCAGCAACCUGGCACCAUCUUCCAUGCCAUGCAGCAACAGCCACCUCAACAACAGCAACAACAGCAACAACUGCCCGUUCAAUACAUGGCUGUGUACGAUGAUGCUCAGCGCGUCCACUACGUGCCCGCUGCUCAGCUCCCGCUCUCUCCGCAACAGCAACACGCACAGCAACAAGCGCAGCUCCACCAGCACCAACUUCACCAACAACAGUUGCAACAGCAGCAGAUGCAACAACAACAACAACAGCAACAGCUUCAGCAGCACCAAUUGCAUCAACAACAGCUGCAGCUUCAACAACAGCAGCAACAGCAGCAGCAGCAACAACAACAACAACAACAACAGCAGCAGCAGCAGCAGCAACAACAACAGCAACCAUCCACAUUGAACGAGCGUAUUCCUCGCCCGACUCCCAUCGAAGUCCCGAGCGGACAUUACGCUGGAGAGCAAAUGUUCCAUCCUUACCAGCUCGCCCAACAACACCAACAACACCAACAACAACAGCAACAACAACCCGUUGCUGCGAUGCAACAAGCACAGCAGCAGCAGCAGCAGCAGCAACAGCAACAGCCCCAAGUGAUCUACGCUCCUGCAGGAUUUGCCGUUCACCCUGCUGCUGCUGCGGCGGCCACUUCCAAUGGCAUGACCUCGCCUCAACAGCAAUACUCGUCUCCAGCGAUGGCGCCCAUCAUGCUCGCGCCCAGCAGCGUCAGCGUGGGACUGACCAAGCCAAGGUCCAACUCGGAAAACCUGCCCUUCCGCCCCGCACAGUACAACGAGGACGGCUCAACAGCGCCGCGCCAGCGUCUGCUCCGUCGCAUCUCGGGAGGAGUCAUCCCUGCCGAGCAUCGCCAGAAUCUCGCCGCCAUGAGCGAUGGGGACAAUGCAUCCUUGCUGUCGUCCCAUUUCGACAGCAGCGACGACGAUGAGCAGAUGCAACCCCACUCUGAGAGCCACUCGCGCCAGCCCUCCCACGAAGAGGAUCCCCGCCAAGGUGCUGAAUGCCUGCUCUUCAUGGCCAAUUCCAAUCCCGCCGCCGUGCCCAUUUCGCAGCAGCAGCAAGCACAGCAACCAAUGCACAACUGCAACACCCACCACAACAACAACAACAACCUCAAGCCGAUGCCCAAGCUGGCGUUCCCUUCUGCUGACAUGACCUUCCCCACCCCGCCCUUGUCCCCGCCGAACGCGAUGCAACAGCGCCAGUACCAGUAUCACCAACAACAGCAACUACACAUGCAACAAAUCCAGCAGAUGCAGCAACAACAGCAGCAGCAGCAGCAGCAGCAACAACAACAGCAACAAUUGCAACAGCAUCAACAACAACAUCAACCUGUGGCUUACUUUGCCCCGCCUGCCGCUGCUGCCGGUCCCGCGCAGGCCUACCACAUGCCAGCACAACGCUCGUCGUCGAUCGGUGUCAUUCCCCAACCAAAUCCAUCUGCAUUGGCUCCCAUCCACAACACUCCGUAUCCGCAGCCAUUUGAAGCGGCAUUCGCGCAACAACAAAAGUACCAGGUCAUGCAGCAACAGCAGCAAGAGCAGCAGCAGCAGCAAAUGCAGCUGCAGUCCAUGCUUUCGUCGUCUGCCCCGUCGUCGUUCGCUGGCUUGCGGGGCGCGGCUUCGUCGGCCAUUCCCAUCCCGUCUGCGACCAGCGCUUCGGGAUCGCCAGCCAUUGCAACGUCACCAGUCAAUUCCUCGACUGCCGCCGCUUCCGGCUCCCUUGGCAACGCCACUGGCGCAGCCAUGCUUACCGUUUUGCAAGAACCAUGCCACGUUCAGCUCCGAUCCAAGCCGGACAAGAACUACAUGAUCCGCCCUCCGAUUCGCGUCGCAGUGGCCGGCAGCUUCUGUCGCGAGACGGACUUUAUGACCGCCACGCUUGUUCAAUCUCGCAACGGCGAGGAGGUUCGCUGCGGCGAUGUCAAAGUCCUCGAAGGCUCGUACGUGGAUCUGGGCUAUCGCCGCUACUUUAGCGACAACGUGGCCACCUUCAACGAGCUCCGCAUCAUGGUCAAGCCCAGCUCCAUUCACAACAAUGGCACUCUGCGCAUCAAGUUUUCGCUCAUGACGCGCACUGGCAACGGCACGCGCGAAAUUGGCAGCGUUCUCACCUGCACUCGCAUGACGCUGUACUCAAACUACACCCAGAUGGCUCCCAGCGACAAGUCGGCGUACAUGCAUGCCAACCCGAAGCGUCGCUCGAACGGCGGUGUCACUUCCCCCCUGCUCUCGCCGACCGCCACGUCUCCCCUUGCCUCGCCGCCAACCAUGUCUCCCCCGCCCAUGUCGCCACCGUCCGAAGGUGCGGGCAUGGCGUACUAUCAGCGGCAUCAACUCGAGCCGCUCCACGAGCAGCCCAUGCUGCAUCACUUUAUGCACCAGCAGCAGCACCAGUUGCAGCAGCAGAUGCAGCAGCUCAACAUGCAGCCUUCAUCCAUGCAAAUGCCCAGCAACAACAUGUUGUGA